AUGAAAUUCUCAGUCAUUCUCCUAUUUAUUCUUGGCCCUCCUAAAGGAUUCGCUUUUGUGCCUGGCUCGCGCACCAUUCCAAACCAACAGACAGUUAUGACUCAAGCGGAUCUGAUAAGAAUUUCGAAUGAACCUGGAUUGCUCAGCUAUGAUUACGAAAUAGAAGGAAACAGUACAUCUAUCGUUCUUUAUGAACUCGAAGGAAUGGCUCGCUUGGCCGAACGAAAAGGUUAUGACAUGAGUGUUCGAUUCGAAACCUCCCAGGGCGGCAACAUCACGAUCUCUUUGGAAAAGUGUGGUCUCUUAUCGUCCCCAUUGUCGAUUAUGAUUCAAAACGAGGUUCUCAUCGUAUCCCCAAGUUACUUCAACAUUCUCACAAACAUUGGAUUGGCAUGUUGCAGUGAGGUGGAGACUACAAUGCUCAUGCACAUUUACGGAGAUACAGGGACGAGUGGAAACGUUUCGGUCAACAUCUUAGAGUAUGACAUAAACGGAGACGCUCUAGUUCAUCAAACUCUCGUUCGCUUGUUCUAUCCGGUCACCUUUAUUUUCAUAGUUAUUCUGUUUUCAUGCGCUUAUCCAUCGAAGUUCUGCUGCUUCACUGAACCUAUUAUCGUAAAAUGCGGAGGUUACAAAACCUGGAUGGAUUGCCCACGACGCAGAAUUGCGUAUUCUCGGAAAGGAGCAUCUGUCUAA